AUAUCGGGAUUUGAUCGUCGAGAAAUCCGCCAAAUUUUUUCGAUCUCUUCGUCGUGUUCUUCUCCUCGAAAUCCAAAACCCUAGGAAUGGCGCAAGAACCCUAGCAAUGGCGACCUCGGCCUUCAAAUCAACUACUAAGAGGUCCUCCAAUGGCGGUGCCGUUGAUCAUCGCCGGUCGAGGAGCCUCAGCCGUGGACCUGAUAGGUUUCCGCCGGCGUCGAGGGCGGUGGACUCUGCGGAGCUACUGACUCCAAGAGGGAGGUUUGUGAACACGUUGCGCGGGUCGGGGUUCCCGGAAAUCAGCCUCGAUGAUCUUACCGACGAGUUCUUUAAGGCGGGAAGGGAUAGUGGUGGAGAUCGGAGAGGUAGUGAUGUCAGCCCUGGGAGGCGGGGGAGGUCGGCGUCGAGACAGAGUGGCGUCUCGGUUGGGGAUCGGUUGAGGCGGCAGCGGUCGGCCUCUGUUGCUCGGCAUCGGGAUAGUGAGUCUAAUCCUAUAAGCAAUGGAAACUUGCAGCAUCACAAGCUGGCAUCGUCAAAUGUAUUGAAAAGGUCUAUGAGUCAUAAGGACUUGUUCCGAUCGCAUGAUAGCUCCUCGAGCCACUCUUCCACACUUACUGAUGAUGAAGCACAAUCAGCUCCUUCAAAUAGAAGUGGUCCAGAGAACACAAUUCAAGCCGUUUAUGCCAUAAAAAAGUCAGAACACCCUGCUGUUGACGGAGAUGAAAGUGGCUUGUAUGAUGUUAUGCGUAAAGAAGUAAGGCAUGCAGUGGAAGAGAUCAAGCAAGAGCUUGAAAAGGUGAUGGUGAAAACAGAACCUGAGGCCAUAGUUAAUCAUGAUUUAAAUGGUUCAAAUGUUAUCCAAGCUAUUUCUGAGAUCAGAAGGGCCUACACAUCUAAACUGGAAGAGUCAGAGAAGCGCAGGCUGGAUUUGUUGGCUGAAUUAGCUGUUGAAGAGCAACGUGGUCAGGAACUUAGUAAUAUUGUGAGAGAGUUGCUGCCUGCUCCCAAAGAAAAUGCUGCCCCAGAGAGACCAUUAUUCACUAGAAGGAGGACCAAUGACAGGACUAGGAUCUCAAAAAGAUUGACGGAGGAGGCAGAGAAAUACUUUGAAGAUUUUCUGUCAAAUGUGGAUGACACAGAUUUAUCCUUUGAUGGAGACAGAAGUGAUGCAAGUUCAACCAUAAGAGGGUGCACCAACUUAAGGGAUCCCAGAGUUUAUAAUAUUAUGGACGAAGGACAUUGUAAAAUGGCAAAAGCUACUUCUGUACCUCCCGAAACUGAUGGUGUUGUGCUUCCAUGGUUGCAGUGGGAAACUAGUAAUGAUUGUUCCCCUUCACCUUGCAAAACUAACGGCACCACAGGGCUCGUGAUUGAUAGCACUAAAAUAAAGGAUCCAAUGGAUACACACAACAAUAUUAGCUGGGAAUCUGAAAACUAUGCCAGUUAUGCUACUGUCACUAAAAAAUCAUCAGCCCAUGUUAGCAUCUCUGCUGUUGUUGGAGGACCAAAACAAUCCUCAUUUGACAUUGAUGAGUACAUGCAGCUUCAGCAUGACCAAGAUCUGUUGUUUGAAACUGUGAGACAACAUCAGAGAAUAUUCUCUGGUUCCUUGCUUCUAUGCAGAAGAAACUGGAUUUAGGUUUUUUCCCAUCAAAACUUUCAUACUUCAUAAAACCAAUGUAUAUAGACAUUUUGAUUCAAUCCUUUUCAAUGCUUGAACAGUUUUUGCAAGUUUAGUAGUUUUCCAUUGUUGUCCUAUCUGCAGCUAAUGCAUUGUACCAAACUAAUUAUUUGGUGCAUUCCACCUUGUGGUGUCUGGAGACAAAUUUUUAGCUGUUGUUGUUGUUGUUGAUGUAUAUAGAUUAUAGACAUUAAAAAAAUUUAUGUAAACUGUCAGAUUGUCCAUUCAAUAAGAUGAAUCAGGAUUAUAUAUA